GAGAUCUGCACUUUGACCCGAACUCCAGCAGAACCGGACUGAAACGUUCGAGGGUUUUUUUUAAACAUCAUUCGGUUCUCUUUGGUGCGCCGACAAACCUGUUGCGCACGAGAAGUGGCGCGUUUUUUUUAAAAACCCAAAAUACUUUUUUAAGGAUUAAAAACACAAGACAAGCACUUUGGAACGAACUUUUAGUUGCGUGCCUGACAGACAGUCAGGAGGGAUGACAGCUCUGGCAGGAGGUCUAACGAGGAUGAUGAGACCAAGUCCACACCAGAACUACCCACGGGGAGCCUACUCUCUGGAGGUGUCCACCCCCCUGGGCCAGGGUCGUGUCAACCAGCUCGGCGGGGUCUUCAUCAACGGCCGGCCUCUGCCCAACCACAUCCGCCACAAGAUCGUGGAGAUGGCCCACCACGGGGUGCGGCCCUGUGUCAUCUCCCGCCAGCUCAGGGUCUCUCACGGCUGCGUGUCCAAGAUCCUGUGCCGGUACCAGGAGACCGGAUCCAUACGGCCUGGAGCCAUCGGAGGCAGCAAGCCAAAGCAAAGUGCAACUCCGGAAUUGGACAAGAAGAUUGAAGAGUACAAGAGGGAAAAUCCAGGAAUGUUCAGCUGGGAAAUUCGAGACAAGUUAUUAAAAGAUGGCAUCUGUGACAGAAACAGUGUUCCUUCAGUGAGCGCCAUCAGCCGCAUCAUGAGGUCCAAAUUCGGCGGUGUGGUUGACGACGAGGAGGAUAGUGACGAUGUGGUGAAGAGGGAGAUGGAGGAAAACGAACCCAGGACCAAACACAGCAUCGACGGCAUCCUGGGAGACCGAUCCAGUCACUCCGACGAGGGCUCCGACGUGGACUCCGAGCCGGGGUUGCCGCUGAAGAGGAAGCAGCGGCGUAGUCGCACCACCUUCACGGCAGAGCAGCUGGAGGAGCUGGAGCGGGCCUUCGAGCGCACGCAUUAUCCUGACAUCUACACCAGGGAGGAGCUGGCUCAGAGAGCUAAACUCACCGAGGCGCGAGUUCAGGUGUGGUUCAGCAACAGAAGAGCCCGAUGGAGGAAGCAAGCGGGGGCCAAUCAGCUGAUGGCGUUUAACCACCUCAUCCCAGGCGGUUUCCCUCCGUCGGCCAUGUCGGGCCUGCAACCUUAUCAGCUGCCCGACAGCCCCUACCCUCCAUCAUCCAUAGCUCAGGCCGCUGAGCAGCCAAGUACGGUGCACCGGCCGCAGCCUCUACCGCCCACGUCCGUGCACCAGAGCGGCCUCAGUUCAUCGUCCGGCUCUCAGGACGGAGGUUCGGCCUACUGCUUGUCCUCCGGGCGUCACGGCUUCUCAGGAUACUCGGACGGCUUUGCGGCGCCGACGGGACACUCCAACAGCGUCAACCCCGCCGCCAUCGGCAACAGCCUCUCACCUCAGGUGAUGGGUCUUUUGAACCCAGGAGGAGUGCCUCAUCAGCCCCAGAGUGACUUCGCUCUCUCCCCUUUAACCGGAGGCUUGGAGCCUAACGGUGGCAUGGCCACCAGCUGUCACGGUUCCCAGCGACUGGAGGCUUUACCGGGUCUGACCAGCAUGCCCACCCUGCCCAGCACACAGUCUUACUGCCCGCCCUCCUACACCUCGCCGGCCUACGCUGUAGACCACCAUCCGUCGUACCAGUAUGGACAAUACACCCAGAGCAAGGUGCCUUUCAUCAUUUAAACCCUCCACUUGGUACCCGGCUGUCUGCAACCAAGCCCAGGCCGACCAGAGGCCAACCAGAGGUGUGUUCCUCCCCAAAUAACCCCCCACCUCCAUGGAGGUACACUGAUGGUGCACUGGAAUAAUUAGGUGCAGCCUCUCCAGUUACCUCGUCAUGCUCCUCAGACCCAAGCCCGCAUGUUCAUGCUUGAAGAGGAAAAAAGGGGCAAGUUGGAGGGACCGACUUAAUACUUUCAAGAUUUGAUUUUUGCAACAUGAGGCGGACGUUUUUUUCUCUCCCCAUGCAUUCAUCACAACAUGUGACCUUCCGCAUUGGUCAAUACCCUACAUUCAAAUAAUGUACACCUUCUUUUAACACAGUUACCUACAACCUGCAAGGGAAGUUCCUUUUUUUUUCGAAAUAAUUGACGUCAUUUUUGCUAUAAGUUGACAGAGGAAGAAAGGAUUUUUCCAGAUGUUCUUCAGAGCUGACAAGACGUCGAGUACAUCUACCCAGAGUGCACCACUGUGACCCAAAGAAAGUGCAAUACCUUCAUACCUCAUGAACGAGCGCACGCCACAUGUCCUCCAAGUACUCCGCUUUUUCAUUUUAAACGACCCAAUUUUGGGUCGAGUGCAUCGCCCGCUGUAAACUUGAGAAGCCAAACGACAAGAAAGAGGAAGAAAAAAAACAGGUGGAUACAUUUUCUAUUUUUUAAAUAAUUUUGCAUGUGUUAAAUUAGUUUUCUUCAGGAACUUGCGGAUAUUUUCUAUUUAUUUAGUGUCUUCUGUAAUUACAUUAUCGUAAGUGCUUAAAUAAGUCUUAAUGUUCAUGUUUUUUGUUACGACUUUCAUUUGGCAUACAAUGUUUUGUGUACAAUACAGCACUAUUUACUAUUUAUAAUAAAGGAGGUCA